CGGGCGGCGGCGGCUCAACUACCGCGACAUGAACACUAGCCCCGGACCUAGCCGCGGAGCAGCAGCAGCAGCAGCAAAAAAGAAACAACAAACAGGGGGCCCGCUCCAUGGGCCGGAUAAUUCGAGUCUGGCGAUCAGUCGUCGCGAAUACUCGCCACCCAGCAGUAACGGGUUUACACAGCGCCCGACAGAGCGCCCGAGAGUGUCGUCCGCGGCCUCGAAAACUAUCGCCCAGCACAAGUGUUAACGUCGUCCGUCCUGAGCCCGCGUGGGUGGUUUGGGGAAAGGGUGGAGUGAGCGAGUCCGUGGGGUGACCAAAACCCAAAACAACGGCAAAGGAAGAUUUUUGUGUAGAGGAGAGCCCUCGAGCGCGGACAGUAGUGAACGAUCCAUCUCAGUGGACAGGAGGUUGAAUCUGUGCAUAUGUGUGUGUGUGUGUGUAUGGGUGGAAAGCGGAAAACACAUACUGACGGUCGGAAAACUCCCCAUUUAGUCAGUGGAAGUGCAUCUCCGUGAGUGUAUGUUUGUAUUUUUGGAGUUUGUUUUCGAAUGUAGGCGCUCGGAUGUCUAGAACUGUUGGUGUGGUGUGCGUUUGAAGUGAUGGUGGUACUCACAAUGCAAGGUGUUCUGUCUGGUGUAUGUUUCUAAAAAAAAACUGAGUACACAGUACACUAUUACUCGGGGAGAUGACCACCUCGGGCGUGUAAAACCAAAGACAACUUCAAACGAGCUGCUGCUUCUAAACCGGGAACACGUGUGUCGAGCCGUCUCUAUUUACCUUGGGCGAAAGAGCAAAAUUCCGAUGCUCCUAGUCUCUUUGGCAUCCUAGCAAUCUGUGAAUUUUGCAGAGAUGUUUUUGAUGGUUGUGUGGGCAGCUGUCAAUCGGUGCGUGUGAAUUGUUCCAGUACUCUUGUAAGCUCUGUGUGUGCUUCUGUGGAUUUUUAAGUGAUCUUCUGUAAAUAUACGUUCUAGUUGUGCUGCUCCAGUGUUGAAUAUCUCGUGAUGACUCUCAAUUUACUGGGAGCCAUAAAAAAAACCCUGUGAAACAAAACCUCACCAAGCAUAGAAGCGUCAUAUCAGGAUGCGGUCCAAGUCUGUCGCACGACGAUUCGCUCAAGGUAAGACCCAUCCUAAGACAUCAAAGCGUCAAACUGCUAUCUUUGCGAGAAAAUGAUAGACUGCUAGUUCGCUUAUCAUCAAAUAUCAGACGCCACAAGCUGUGAGCCACAUGUAUACUUCUGUUGCUGACGUGUGAAAAAUUAGAUAAAGUGCAUCAGUGGCGACGAAUCGGACGCAUCCCGUGGACUACCCGUCAAUCUAGAAGUGCCUCCAGGGCUGCAGGUGGUACCGAUGAGCAAGCAUCACGAACACGGUCCAGCUGAUUUCAGCUUGUCCACUUCUCUGCAUCAUCACCUACUACCCACGGCGGAUGAUGUUCGCGAGCGGCUAAAGUUACAGAGUGCGGAACAGUUCCUUCUUCAGAUGGCGAGACUGCAACGAUCACCACCCGAUCUGGACAUCCAGGCGGGAUCGGUUGUGGCGCUCAAAACCAUCCCCAAGGGUACACAGUACGGACCAUUCGAAGGGAAGCUGUUACGUGAGCCAAUGGAUCGGCGGUUCGCCUGGGAGGUGAUAGAUUUAGACGUUCGUGGAUGGCUAGACGCCACGCUGGAACCAACGAACUGGAUGAAGCACAUACGCUGCGGCUCCAGUUCGGCCGACGCGAACGUGCAGCACUUUCUGAAAGAUGGUCAUCUGUGGUACGAAGUGAUAUGUGAUAUCAGUCCCGGAAGGGAGCUGUUGCUACGACCAAAGGUUCCUCUUCAUCCGCGCGAUGGACAAGACGAGCGAGGCAGCGAACGUGGCUCGGGCGGUUCCCAGCACAGCGACAACUACGAGGACGAGUACAAUACGUCCAACGAUCUUGACUCUAGUCACAACAACAAGGAGCAGCACCAGCAGCAGCAGCAGCAGCACCGUCACAACAGUAGCAGCAGCAACAGCAGCGGCAGAAGCAGCAACGGCAGCAGCAGCGGCAACCGGGCGAACGGGCACGGGCCGCACCCGGCAGACGACAGUGGCAACGGAAGCGGUGACCCGCACCAUCACGGCGACGUCAAGGAGGAGGACGACGACGAGCACGGUAUCGACGCGCGGUGUGUCGUGUGUGAUCGCCAGUGUCACGAUAUUGAUCAGCUCGACGAUCAUCUCGUGAUCUCGCACCAUUAUCCAAAGGACGCCUACAGGUGUGAGCUUUGUCCGAGAGCGUACAGCUACAGACCGUCGUUGCUUCGUCACCGGGCGAUCGUGCACGGCGAGCUAAGGCGCUUUCCGUGCGAAAACUGUCCCAAGAACGAAGAUACCGAUGCGAGCACAGCAACAACCCCCAACACUUCCUCAUCGAGCGAACUAUUCAGUUACCUUCUGCAAGCUCAUGAUACUAGGGUUUUUACCGACCCGUCGAACCUUCAGCGCCACAUCCGGACGCACCACGUGGGAGCCCGCAGUCACGCGUGUCCAGAGUGUGGCAAGACGUUCGCCACCUCGUCCGGUCUGAAGCAGCACACGCACAUCCACUCGUCGGUGAAGCCGUUCCAGUGCGAGGUGUGCUUCAAGUCGUACACCCAGUUCUCCAACCUGUGCCGCCAUCGGCGCAUGCACGCCGACUGCCAGGUGCAGAUAAAGUGUAACAAGUGUGGCGACAGCUUCAGCACUACGACGUCCCUGUCGAAGCAUAAGCGAUUCUGUGACUCGACCGCCGUUACCCGUGGCUCACUCCAUCCCGGAGCUCAUCCAUCGCAGCUGCGUCAUCCACACGACCCCUAUCCGCACGGCACACGGUCACAUUCGGGUGGCAGUCAGCCCGGUACACCCGGCGGUAGUGCAGGAGCAUCAGCAGCAGCAGCAGCAGCAGCAGCAGCAGAAGAACUUCAUUCGCUACCACCCGGUAUGGCGACGCCACCGAACCCAUUCCUGAUGUUCCCGGGCGCUCCGUUCUUUGCUCCGGGCUUCCGGCCAUACCCCGGAAUGCCUGGAAUAUUCCCACCCGCACCCGGGCAGGUUGCUCAGUUCCCGCUGUCCUUCUUUCCAAAGCCGGCCGGUCCUGGCCCACUGUCUGAUCAGGAACGUCGCACACCAUCGCCAGCCUCUCGGCAUCUCAGUCUGCUCGAAAGCUACGGCCAGCAGUCGAUGAAGAUCUCUCCGCCGACUGGUGAGGAAGCGACAAACCAUCUGCGUCCCUCACCAGCACGUCCAAUUCCGGUCAGCUUCAACUCGGCGGCGGCAGCAGUGGCAUUGCUUUCGGGAUCUCCCGGCCCGUUGAUGGGCGGCAAUCAUAGCCUGCCGGCGACGGAGCCAAUGCAGCCCGAACGAGGCACCAAUAACAAUCACAUCAAGGAGAACAACAAUCACAAUCAAACGAAUGGCACUAGUUCCUACGGUGGACAGACACAGCAGCAACAGCACCAGAGACGAACCUCAAGCCGCAGCAGCUCGGUGACUGCUGUGAAGGAGGAAUUCCACCGGGAGUCUUCGGAUGUUGAAGAAGGAGAGGCUGGUGUUUCUACGAUUCGCGUGAAAAAUUUCUCCACCCGGUCGAAGAAUGCAUCGGGAGAUUCGAGCAAGUCGCCGGCAUUGUCUGAGGAUAGAGGUUCAGUCCACCGUCGGAGAAGUCGCACGGUGGAGGAUGGUGACACGUCUGAAUCUGAGGAGUUUGCUUCUGAAGCCAAGAAGGCAAAGAAAGAUGGAAACACUUCUGGUUCCGCUGAGCAACCGUUGGAUCUGAGUCUUUCGAAGAAGUCAAAAAACGACGAUGAAGAUGAUGGAGCUGAGGUGGAAGAAGAGAAGGAUGCUACCGAGGAGAUGGAUAACCGUAGCUCCAAUCGAAGCCCAACUCCGAUCGAAGUGACUAGCCCAAGGUCCACACCGACACCGUCAGUUCCGACGCCCAACUCGUCGGAUGUUCCGCACCAUGAUCUGUCCCUCAGAGCACGUGCCCGCAACAAUACUGGAUCUUCAAUUUCUCCGAAAGCUGCGUCUCCACUAGCAGAUGCGUUCACACUACCAAGUCCUUCUCCGUCACUCUCACCACGUCCCUCUCCGUCGCCCUCAUCGCCGGGAGCCGGAGUCACCGGUGCCGGAGCGCACCAUCAACCCAUCUCCUACCCACGACCGAUCUACCCGCUUCUUCUCGAAGCCAUGUACCACCGUGGACCGGGCGGAAUGGGUGGCUUUCAGCGGCCCGCCUUUAACUUCCUGGACUCGUUGGAAUCGAACCUAGAUCUGCUCAAGCGUAGCCGUCAGUACAUGCCCUCGAAAGCGUUUCAUCAAGCGGCAAUGAUGCCACCGGGCUUCGGUGUUGGUGGUGCUGGCCCAGCCGUUCCUGGCAGCGCUGGAGGACCCGUUCCGGCGGGCAAAGUAAAGGAUCGGUACUCGUGCAAGUACUGCGGCAAGGUGUUCCCUCGUUCGGCUAACCUUACACGCCAUCUGCGUACGCAUACGGGCGAACAGCCGUACAAGUGUCGGUACUGUGAGCGUUCUUUCAGCAUCUCCAGCAACCUGCAGCGACACGUCCGCAACAUCCACAACAAGGAACGUCCGUUUAAAUGUCACCUGUGUGAGCGUUGCUUUGGCCAGCAGACGAAUCUGGACCGGCAUCUGAAGAAGCACGACGCGGAUGCGGCCGGGCUUGUGCUGGGUGACUCACCUUCCUCCAACGAAGCGGAACGUGGGGAAGAUGUGUUCUUCGAUGAGAUCCGCUCGUUCAUGGGCAAGGUUACGUACUCGGGCCCGACGUCCUUGCUGCCUGCUGGAGCGGGACUUUCCGGAGCUUCUGAGGUGGAACUGACCCUGAAGGGCGAUGGAGAUGAUGGCGAGAGUAGCGUAUCGGGAAGACGCCGCUAUGCGACUCCAUUGGAUGUGACGGGCGGUGAGGAUGAGGAGGAGGAAGAGGAUGAAGAUGAGGAGGAGGACGCAGCCAGCUGUGACGGUGAGAGUGAUCUGAUCAACAUCGAUUCCGACAAGGAUACGAUCAAUAAUAAUGACACGAUCGAGGUGUCUACCUAAAGAUGUAAGGAAAAUGUAAUACGCACACAGACACACACAUACACAUAAACACGCAUGUAAAUAGGCAUUCUGGGGGGGGGGGAGCUAAUUGGGAGUUUUGCUUUGGAUUUGGUUGCAGCCACUAGCAGCAAGCUGGAGCAUCAAAAAACGACAAGAAUAAUCAAACAUUAGGCAGUAAGAUAUGCGGUACACGAUGCAACGACGGCGUUUUGAAAUAGAAAGUGAAUGUAUUAGGCUAGAAUUUAUCUAAAAGAUACUGCAAGGAUGAAACUGCGUUUAGUUUUCAAUUGCUUCUGAUUAGAGCGUGAAAUCUGCCCGCUUGGGUUGCACUAUGGGUUAAAUGCACUAUUUUUAAUUUCUCAAUAGUUUACGUGAACACUUCAAAAGGAAGCUACAGUUGAACCAAAUAUACAAUGGAAGCUUAACCAAAUGGCAAACGCUGAAGGCAAGGGAGACUGAUUCGAUGGAGGGAUUGGCUUUCCGUGUCAGCAGAACGCCUCUAUGGUAUUUUAAAUUGUACGAUAGAAAGGUUGUGGAUGCGCGAUCGAGUAAUUUAUUUCUGUCCUAUGUUACGAGCUUAUUGGUUUUUUCACAAAACAAGUAAAUUAGACUAAUGCAAAACUAAACAAACACACAAACAAAAAAAACCACUGUGAAUAUCUUCAUAAUCAAUGAAUAGUUAAGCAUGGUAUAGGUUUAUUUGGAUUGAAUACUGUGCACUGUGGUGCAAUUUGAAUGUUUUUCAAUUUAGUUCAAAAUUAGACAAAAAAAGGGGGCAACCACGGCACAUAACUCUCCAGUAAAUAGAAUAUAAUCUGUAGACAGUAAGCAGCAAAUUGUUAGUUAGUUUUAAAUUUCUUCUGUAAUAAAGCAUAGUCACACUGAUAAUUUAAGUCUUUACACCAUUGGAAUUCGCUUCACAUCAAAGAAAUGGAAAGGAAGAAUUUGGCGGAUUUGUUUUCUACUCUUGUUGCACGGGCAUGUACGUUUAUCGUGGUAGUAAAAGAAAAGGCUCAGAUAAUGAAGCUCAAGCUAGAAAAGGAGAUAUGUAAUCAGAUAGGAAAUAUAAGUAAAAAUUGAUAUCAAAGGAAAGCAUGGCAUGGAAAUGAAAUGAAUAGACGACGAAACCUUUCCCAGUUGGAGGGCAAAAGAAGAAACUCUUCCCGUUUUUCUCAAGCAACGAUUUCAUUCACGGUCAUUAUCACUAUUGAAGCAUAUUUUUCCCGUUCCAAAAUGUACAAUAUAUCGACUAAAACCAUCACCCCAAAAACACACUAUCUGAAUAAAGCCGAUAACUCACA